AUGUCAGAUGUUGGCAAACUAAACGUUGAUCAUGUCAUAAAUAAGCUAUUGGAUGUUCGUGGCGCAAGGCCUGGUAAAACUGUUCAACUAUCUGAAAAUGAAAUUCGAGCGCUUACCAUCAAAGCCCGGGAUAUAUUUUUACAACAACCAACACUACUCGAACUUGAGGCCCCAGUUAAAAUAUGCGGUGACGUUCAUGGACAAUAUUAUGAUUUGCUCAGACUUUUUGAAUAUGGUGGAUUUCCCCCCUCCGCCAACUACCUUUUUCUUGGUGAUUAUGUUGAUCGAGGCAAACAAUCUCUCGAAACAAUUUGUCUUCUACUUGCGUAUAAAAUCAAAUUUCCCGAAAAUUUCUUCCUUCUUCGAGGAAAUCAUGAAUGUGCUUCUAUUAACCGCAUCUAUGGGUUUUAUGACGAAUGUAAACGACGAUAUAAUAUCAAAUUGUGGAAGUUAUUUACAGACUGCUUUAAUUGUCUUCCUAUUGCUGCAAUCAUAGAUGAGAAAAUAUUCUGUUGUCAUGGAGGUCUUUCGCCAGAUUUGCACUCAAUGGAUCAAAUUCGAAAAAUUCAAAGACCGGUUGAUGUACCAGAUCAGGGAUUAUUGUGCGAUCUUCUUUGGUCCGAUCCCGACAAAGAUGUGGUGUCUUGGGGCGAAAAUGAUCGUGGAGUCAGCUACACUUUUGGCGCCGAUAUUGUCGUAAAAUUCCUGGCAAAACAUGACUUCGAUUUGAUUUGCCGGGCACAUCAGGUUGUCGAAGACGGCUACGAAUUCUUUGCCAAACGCCAACUCGUCACCCUCUUUUCAGCACCCAAUUACUGCGGUGAAUUCGAUAAUGCUGGAGCCCUGAUGUCAGUCGAUGAAUCACUCGUCUGCUCUUUCCAGGUAAGUGUCUAUUUAAUCCCAGCGAGUGGAUUAUAA